AAUCAUUUUUGUUCUUGCAUGAUUAGAAUAUGGCGGUGCUAGUCAGGAUGUGCAGAAGCUUUUAAUUUUUGCAUUAACGUAUUACUUAUUUCUUAGCUUUUUGACAAGUUAUAUUUAAUACUGUAUCUUAAGUUAUCGUAACCGUGUGAAAUUUUAUCCUAAACCAAUAUAACUCGUUAGUCGACCAAAUUGCCAUGAAAAUUAUUACUUCAUUGGUGGUAUAAAAAUAAUUGUGACAAAUAUAGAACAUUAAUUCAGUUCGCCGUGGAGGUCAUGGCUACACUCAUCCAAGAGAAUGGUAUGAAGUUGAGCAAAGGAACCCAUGGUGUAGUCGUUAACCAUGGCAUGACGACGCACGGUGUCCCAAAUCACAUGGUGCCAGACCAUGAAUACUGUGAAUCGGGUCAGGCCGAGCAACCCGCACAACAGUGCCUCGACGCGGAGAGCGAGCCGCAUCAGCCGCCCGUCGAGGAGGAGGAGGAAACCCCAGAAAUUGACAUAAUGAUAAACAAUGUUGUGUGCAGUUUUAGUGUUAAGUGUCACCUGAACCUGAGACAGAUCGCUUUAAACGGUGUUAAUGUUGAGUUCAGACGGGAGAACGGAAUGGUUACUAUGAAACUCCGGCGUCCAUACACCACGGCCUCUAUAUGGUCCUCUGGUCGGGUCACGUGCACGGGCGCCACUAGCGAGGAUCAAGCUAAAGUGGCCGCCCGCCGCUACGCACGUGCCCUACAGAAGUUGGGCUUCCAAGUACGCUUUCGCAACUUUCGUGUUGUAAACGUACUCGGAACUUGUAGGAUGCCCUUUGGCAUUCGAAUUAUAGCAUUCUCAAAGAAAUACAAAGAGGCAGACUAUGAGCCUGAACUUCAUCCCGGGGUAACAUACAAGUUGUACAAUCCCAAGGCGACUCUCAAGAUAUUUUCCACCGGUGGUGUGACAAUAACUGCUCGAAGCGUUAGCGAUGUCCAGUCGGCCGUAGAGCGCAUCUUCCCACUGGUGUACGAGUUCCGUAAGCCUCACUCGCCCGCCGAUGAGGAGAAGCUGCGUCAGAGGCGGGCGGCGCGAUCGCGGGGCGCCGGCCCACCACCCGCAGAGGAGCGGCCCCUGGAACAAGCUGCACCACAGACUGACGACCCCAUGCACCUGGUCACACUGUCCGACGACGACGCCUGGGAGUGACCACCCUCCCCCCACCACCAGCCCCCACCACCCGCCAAAGCGACGGACUCCAUCCAGCAAUAACUGACGGUUGUUAGUGUGAUCGAUUCUCGGCGAGCUUCUUCGGUUCAUGCCAAAGAUAUUUAUUAGAGGUGCUUUGCGCUCGUCGCCCGGACCUCUCGGUUCCUCUGCGCGGUUGUUAUGUAUAUGUUGUGUACUCGAUUGCUCGCCCCCCUCCCGACCUCCUCCCCCCUCUCCGCCGGGAGGCGCGGUCGGUUCGUUUGAUUCGAUACCAAAUUGUCUCAGUUGAUAAAAAUUAUGAGAUAAUAAAUCUCUUUACCGAUACUCAAGUCUCGUUUUUUUUAUUUGCAGUUGUGAUUUAUGAAUUGUAGUGAUAAUAGUGUUCGCGAUAAUGUUCUAAGAAAGUAAUGACUGAAUGUUAGUUAGACGUUAGUGAUUGUAAAUACGAAAGCUUUAGACAUUAUACAUUUAAUUAAACA